CUGUAGUGCCACUGCAAUGCUAACAGCUAACAGAAGAAGAUGCUACUUGGCUAAACUCCUUUAGAUCCUUGUUUUUAAAAGCGAUCAUGGUCUCGUUACCUUCACGACUGUUUGUUUUACAGUCGGCAGCAGUAAACUACACCAGUUACUUUAACUUAGUGCAGGUAACUAUCUGUCUGUGAAGUUAGCUAGUUAGCUAGCUAGCUGGUGUCUCCAGAAUGGACGCGUCCACAGCGACAGUCCAGGGUCUGAGGCGGUUUAUCAGCGAGAGACUGACCGCUGCUGCCGCGGAGAUACUCGGAGCUUGCGAGACAACCAUCGCAGAGUACGAGGGGGAGAUCGACCGUCAGCGCAGACUGUUGGACGUCAUCUGGAAACCGGAAAUCAAGCUGCACAGAACAGUGGCCCCACAGCAGGAGGAGCAGGUCUCUGAGGAGGAGAGGAGCCAGAGUCUGCACCAGGAGGAGAGGAGCCAGAGUCUGGACCAGGAGGAGAGGAGCCAGAGUCUGGACCAGGAGGAGAGGAGCCAGAGUCUGGACCAGGAGGAGAGGAGCCAGAGUCUGGACCAGGAGGAGAGGAGCCAGAGUCUGGACCAGGAGGAGAGGAGCCAGAGUCUGGACCAGGAGGAGAGGAGCCAGAGUCUGGACCAGGAGGAGAGGAGCCAGAGUCUGGACCAGGAGGAGAGGAUCCAGAGUCUGGACCAGAAGGAGAGGAGCCACAGUCUGCACCAGGAGGAGAGGAGCCAGAGUCUGGACCAGGAGGAGAGGAGCCAGAGUCUGGACCAGGAGGAGAGGAGCCAGAGUCUGAACCAGGAGGAGAGGAGCCAGAGUCUGGACCAGGAGGAGAGGAGCCAGAGUCUGGACCAGGAGGAGAGGAGCCAGAGUUUGGACCAGGAGGAGAGGAGCCACAGUCUGCACCAGGAGGAGAGGAGCCAGAGUCUGGACCAGGAGGAGAGGAGCCAGAGUCUGGACCAGGAGGAGAGGAGCCAGAGUCUGGACCAGGAGGAGAGGAGCCAGAGUCUGGACCAGGAGGAGAGGAGCCAGAGUCUGGACCAGGAGGAGAGGAUCCAGAGUCUGCACCAGGAGGAGAGGAGCCAGAGUUUGGACCAGAGUCUGGACCAGGAGGAGAGGAGCCAGAGUCUGGACCAGAAGGAGAGGAGCCAGAGUCUGGACCAGAAGGAGAGGAGCCAGAGUUUGGACCAGGAGGAGAAGAUCCACAGUCUGGACCAGCCUCCGCCGGUGAAAGAGGACCAGGAGGAGAGGAACCAGAGUCUGGACCAGAAGGAGAGGAGCCAGAGUUUGGACCAGAAGGAGAGGAGCCAGAGUUUGGACCAGGAGGAGAGGAGCCAGAGUUUGGACCAGGAGGAGAGGAGCAACAGUCUGGACCAGGAGGAGAGGAGCAACAGUCUGGACCAGGAGGAGCCAGAAUCUCCGGAGGUGAUAGAGGACCAGGAGGAGAUCUGCUCCAGUGAGGAAGGAGAGCAGCUAGUUCUAAAGCUGGAGGAGGAUGAGGAGGAUGAGGAGUACUUGCAGCUUGUUUCGAACAAGGGGCCUGAUCCGGAUAAGGUCUUGUUGAAUCCUACGUCCGAGGAGAGACCCCACAGGGAACCAGAACCAAACGAGGACCAGCUCCUCCCUCUCGACUCUCCUGCAGCCCAGAGCCAGGAUCUCAAUCAAAACACACAUGAAAACUCAAGAUCAUCUUCAGAUCCGAUGCGUUGCGUCCUAAAGAGGCGGGCAAAAAGCAAAAGGCAAAACCACAACCUCACCGUGUCAAAGAUUUCCUCGAUUAUCUGCAACGAGGAUUUCGAGUGCGACACGUGUGGCAAAGUCUUUAAAUGGAAGUCACGAUUGAUCAAACACGCCAAAGUCCACACAGACGACCAGCCGUUCUCCUGCAAAACAUGUGGGAAACUUUUCAAACACAAGCAAAGCGCUGCGUUCCACAUGAGAGCGCACACGGGCGAGAAACCUUUCUCUUGCAAAACCUGUGAGAGAAGUUUCGCGUGGGGCAGCAGCUUGAAGAUCCACAUGCGAACGCACACGGGAGAGAAACCCUUUUGUUGCAAGAUAUGCGGGAAAAGUUUCCGAUUUAGAGGAAGCUGGCGGGUCCACGUUAAAACGCACGGGAAUGAGAGACCGUAUUCCUGCAAACCGUGUGGGAAGACUUUCACAUCCAAGGGUGGUCUGCAGUAUCACAUGAAAACCCACUCGGCUAAGAAGACGGACUCCUGUGCAAUUUGUGGAAAAACGUUAAGUAGCGGAGCGCAACUCAAAUUGCACAUGAGAAUCCACACGGGAGAGAAACCCUUCUCUUGUAAACCAUGUGGGAAAGAUUUCCGAUUUUCCAAUUCAUACAGAAGGCACAUGAGAACACACUCGGGUGAGAAGCCACUUGUGUGCGACGUCAGUGGGAAGAGCUCUGGUCUGUUGUCAAACUUACAACAGCAUAAAAAUAUCCAAACUGACACAAAGCUACACACCUGCAGCACAUGCGGGGAAGACUUCAGAAUCGGGAGUGAAUCGGAAGCUCACAUCCGACUCGUGCACCCUGGUCAGAAACCAGUGUGAGGUAACAGAGAUAAAUAGACUUAUAAACGAUAACGCACAUUCUCACAUCACGUACUUGAAAAUAUGUAUGGAUUUUUAUUCGCAAGAGAGACUAGCAACGUUUGCAAUUGAGUGCAGUUUGAGUGUGGACCCUGUUAAAGAAAGAGAGUGAAUCAAGAUGUAGAAAAUCUGUAGUCUCUCAAUGUUACAUUCCCUACCAAUGUAUAAUGUUUUUACUAUUUGUGUACCAAUGCGUCAGUGCUUUUGUACUUUAUUAAAGUUUCUUGAAUCAUGA